AUGCUAAAGCGCCUACCUCACAGAUGGCUGCGUGGAAAACCCUUUGGUCAAUUUAAGUGUCAAAUACAAGGGCCACACCUUACUCCAGGGACCACACCACUCCAGGGCCACACCUUACAGGACCACACCUACUCCAGGGACCACACCUUACCCAGGGCCACACCUUACUCCAGGAACCACACCUUAAUCCAGGGACCACACCUACUUCAGGGACCACACCUACCCAGGGACCACACCUUACCAGGUGACCACACCAAUCCAGGGACCACACCUCCCAGGGACCACACCUUACUCCAGGAACCACACCUUAAUCCAGGGACCACACCUUACUCCAGGGGCCACACCUUACUCCAGGAACCACAACUCCAGGGACCACACCUUACUCCAGGGGGACCACACCCCAGGGACCACACCUUACUCCAGGGACCACACCUUACUUCAGGUGACCACACCUUAAUCCAGGGACCACACCUUACCCAGGGCCACACCUUACUCCAGGAACCACACCUUAAUCCAGGGUCCAGGGGGAACCACACCAUCCAGGGACCACACCUUCCAGGGCCACACCUCCAGGGCCACACCUUACCCAGGACCACACCACUCCAGGAACCACACCUUACUUCAGGGACCACACCUUACUCCAGGGGCCACACCUUACCCAGGGCCACACCUUACUCCAGGAACCACACCAUCCAGGGACCACACCUACCAGGGACCACACCUUACUUCAGGGCCACACCUUACUCCAGGAACCACACCUUAAUCCAGGGACCACACCUUACUCCAGGGCCACACCUUACCCAGGGGCCACACCUACCCAGGACCACACCUUACUCCAGAACCACACCCUCAGGACCACACCUUACCCAGGGACCACACCUUACUCCAGGAACCACACCUUACUCCAGGAACCACACCACACACCUUACUCCACGGACCACACCUUACUCCAGGAACCACACCUUAAUCCAGGGACCACACCUUACCCACCACACCUACUCCAGGGCCACACCUUACUCCAGGGACCACACCUUACUUCAGGGACCACACCUUAAUCCAGGGACCACACCUUCCUCCAGGGGCCACACCUUACUCCAAGGACCACACCUUACUCCAUGGGCCACACCUUACUCCAGGGACCACACCUUACUUCAGGGACCACACCUUAAUCCAGGGACCAUACUUUGCUCCAGGGGACCCCCAAGGAUCCCCAAGGACCCUCAAGGACCCCCAAGGACCCUCAAGGACCCCCAAGGACCUUCUAAGGACCCACAAAACUUGGAACAAAAACCUUACUCUAGUGGCCAGUGUCCCAGACGCAAGAGCAUGGACGGGCGCAAAAAUGGACCCAUGGAUGACAAGCUUUAUUAUGACGAAAGACUCAAGCAUAAUUAUCUUACUCCUUACACCAGAGAUGUUGCCUUUUACUUCGUGUUUGACAAAAGAGAGUCCAUCUCAAGUGAAAUCCUCAGUAACAAGAUAAAGUUAAAACGUGUUAAGUGA